AUGUACUACGCCGGGCCCAUUCAGCUGCGGACUAGUAGGGGACGUGGCCAGCGCUCGUACAAGGCAUUUGUCGCCGUGUUUGUUUGCCUGACCACUCGAGCGGUCCAUCUCGAGGCGGUAUCGGAUUACACCGCCGACGUGUUCCUGGCCGCUUUACUGACUGCGGGACAAACUUCGUCGGCGCCGACGCCCAGUUGCGGGCCUUCUUCACCGAGGGCAGCCGGGAGCUGCGCCGGAUCGUCGGACGACUGGCGACGGAGCAGAUUCAGGAGGUUCAAUCCUCUCUCGGCACCGCACUUCGGCGGUAUUUGGGAGGCUGCGGUGAAAUCACUGAAACACCACCUGGGGCGAGUCCUGGGUGACUCCACCUUGACCUUCGAGGAGAUGAGCACCCUCCUCGCUCAGGUGAAAGCGUGCCUAAAUUCUCGCCCGCUCCAGGCGUUGUCCGACGAUCCCGAGGACUUGUCGGUCUUGAUUCCCGGCCACUUCCUGGUGCGGGGACCGCUGACGGCCUUGCCUAAACCAUCACUGACAGAGCUGCCUGUCUGA